AUCAGAUUUGCCUCAAUCACAAAUGAUAUUACUUCUGUCGGUAUUUUUAUUGCAAACUCGGUCUCUAACAGUAAAUGUUUAAAAGUCAAAAUUGAUUAUUUGUUUUAUUGUAAAUCCUAUAGAAAAUCAAACACUGAACCCACAUUUUUUUAAUCUGAAGCACAAGCCUCGACCAUUUAAGUCCCCGCAGCGACCUCUCUGGCCGCAAGAAGGCGCUAUUAGCCGUUCGGAAGCUUCAUCUUCUGUGGAAGUGACGUCACCGACCUCCAUGAGGAUCGUCGCUAGCAGCGCUCAGUGUACAGUAUGGCAGGCCUGUGGAGAGCCUAUCAGGCACUGAUGUCUAAGAAGCCAUGGACUGUGCAGAUAGUCACUGCCGGCUCCCUGGUGGGUGUGGGGGAUGUCAUCUCGCAGCAGCUGAUCGAGCGGCGCGGCCUGACCAAUCACAGCCUGACGCGCACCGCCAAGAUGAUGAGCAUCGGCUUCGUCUUUGUGGGCCCCGUGGUGGGCGGCUGGUACAAGGUCCUGGACAAGCUCGUCACGGGGACAGGAAAAAGUGUGGCACUGAAGAAGAUGCUCUUUGACCAGGUGGCCUUCGCUCCUUGCUUCCUGGGCACCUUCCUGGGCAUUUCUGGAGUUCUGAACGGCCUGACGGUGGAGGAGAACAUCACCAAGCUCAGGAGGGAUUAUACAGACGCCUUGAUCUCCAAUUAUACCCUGUGGCCUGCAGUCCAGAUGGCCAAUUUUUACUUUGUCCCAUUGAACCACAGGCUUGCUGUGGUGCAGAUCGUUGCCAUUGCAUGGAAUUCCUACCUGUCCUGGAAAGCCAAUAAGAUGUGACGAUCGGGUUCAAAGUUCAAGGACUAUCUAGUUUUGCACUGGCUGGAGAAAACUGAACCAUCUACACUAUUUGGGGGGGGGGGUGGUUCUGCAUCAUAUUGUUGCUAACUGACAGUUUCUCAUCCCAUGCAAAGACGACUCUACCUGAAGCUGUGUUUUAGAUUUUCAUGGUCAAUUAAAAUAUUCCACACUCUUCAUUUAGGUAUAGCAUUGGUCUGGGUGCUAUGAGUGUACACGUCGGAAAGACGCCCCUUUAAAUAAAACUGUCCAAUGACAGCGGCUCAUGCAUGAUGCAUGUGACUGCAUUAUCUUGGCAGCGGCAUGUCAUUGGUCACCUGAUUGUGGGAGAUGCUGUGAUUCGAUAUUGAUAAGGGGUAUGUGGUGCCAACUCCCUGCAGCCUGAGUCCUGGAGCUUUCACAGUACCUUUAAGUAAGCUGCUGAUUUUAACCCGUCAUGUUACGUCCGAGAGUUUAUUAGCCAAAUAAUGACUUUGAUAUCGCUUGUUUGAAGCAAAUAAUGGAGCAAACAGCAGCACAUCCACUUGGACUUUAAUUAUGCGUCCCUGCCGUUUGUCAUCAAGAUGACUAAAGCUCUGAAUUCUGAUUACCUAUAGCACGUAUCAAAUCCCAGUCCCGGUCCUAAACAUCCACAGUGUGUGCUAAUUUUAGUCACUUGACAAACAUCCCAACAACUUAAAUUAAGACGGUGUGAACUGAAUCGAAGUGUUAAAUGUCCAUUUUGGUGAAAUCACUGGAUAGAGAGGUUGAGGGAGAAUGGGGCAGUAAGUCUGUAAGAAGUGUUGAAACUCAUUUUACCUGAAGAAGCAGAGGAUGAUGGGUCUCUGGGACCAAAGUGCUUUCUGUGCAUUCUAGGACGUUCCUGUGGACUAAUACUAGGCAGAAUUAAUUGCUCAAUGAUACAGUACUGUGUGUGAAAAUGAAUAAAAUGUAGUUUACAUUAUAAUGGUAUAGUGGUUGCAUAUGUUAUUAAAAGAAAACCAAAUACAAUGUUA